CUGAUAUGACAACUUCAUCCUAUUCGUGUACUACUUUUGAUGACUGUUUUAUCGAAACAAACAUAACAUUAUGGACACAAAUAGAUAGAAAAACAAUUUUAUCAUAGUUAUCACAUUUAAUUCAAAUUAGUAUUUUAAAUGUCCUACAUCUGGUUAUGUUUGACAGUUUCUGCUUUCCGUAGGUUAGAAAUACCCAUUUCUUGUUUUUACAGAAGGCGGUGCUUAUUAUUUGUUGUCAUGGCGGCAUUUUAAACCGUUUUAGCUGUGAUAGCUUGCUAGCUAGCUGUCGAAGUCUAUCCCGUACAAAUAGUAUCCUUGCUAAAUUUUUUCACUUUCUUUACAUGAUAAUAUUCGAAGCAUAUUGUACCAUCUGUGCUAGCCAAGUUGGCCCACCUGCACCCAUUGUGAUUGAGAAGCUGAUGCCCUGGGUAGAGGAUUGGGAUGACCUGGAUAGCACCUGCAGCUCUCUGUGUUUCUCUGCUCUGUCUGAGGUGCGUCUGCUGUCUGCAAUCAGGCUGGCCAAGAGAGAUCUGAGGAAGAGACGACAGGAAUCAUUGAACAGCUCCCCCAUCAGACCACAGCCAGAGGAGACCAGUGGAGCAGCAGAAGAGGGUUUUUCCUAAGGGGAGGUCAAAGACAGAAGUGACUCGGUCUGGAGCCAAGGUGCUUGUAUACACCUCCCAGAAGUAUAUCUCUGUACCCCCUGGGCCUGAUCAUGGCCUGUUCCCCCCAACCAGAGACCCAGGCCCAAAGCAGACAGCCAGCCAGGAGCCCCAGACAGCACUCAGCCAGGAGGCCCGCAGACUGCAGACAGAGCUGGCCAACUACAUCCAGAGAUUAGAUCAGCUCACAAACAGAGCUGGAGUGGCACCUUGUUGGCAUACUGUGCAUUCCAGGGUGAAUGGUUGUAGAGCCCUUGGAGCCUGAUGAGCAGCGCAGGGUGGUGGUCCGCAGACAGGAACAGGCAGCCCGCUCUGCACGCAUCAUCUAUGUGCUACAACAACAGGUCGAAAGAGAUCCAAAAGGAUUUAGACAAACUGCGCUCACAGAAGAUUGAUCACACAAACAAAUCCAGAUCGAUGGACAGGUUGGCUGCUGCCCAAAGAGGGGCGAUCAGGGCCAUGCAGAGGUUCACUAAUCAGCUGUCUGACACGUCUGAGGGUAGGAUGCCCUCCCAUUGUAAAGAGUUGGGCCAGCUGAUCCGCCAGCUUUCUCUGUGCUCGGCCAAGGUGGAGGUGGGCCAGGGAUCAGCCAUCCCAGAGACUGCCCUGGACAUCCUGCAGAAACUAGGGACCCUGGAUACUGCUCUCAGGAGCAGGAGAGUCCAGUACAUAGGAGGCACACCCGAGCACGCAGUUCCUCCCCUGCACGCUGCAGCACGUCUACCCCCCCAUCCCCGUGCACCCAGGGGCUCUGCCACCAGGGGUCUCAGAGGACCUCGUAGAGCAGCAGGCCCCAAGAAGUCCUUCCCUGCAAAAUAGGAGAGCGGUCCCUCAGCAUCAGCAGCCACCCAGAGCCCACAGAGCCUCCUCCACAGCUGGAUCGCAGACAGGUGCUCAGGGCAGGCCUGGAGAGCCUGGUCCAUCUUAGAGAACUGAGGGAAGGUGGGGUACAGGUCCCCAACAGUCAAGGAGGAGCACUGCACCCCGACAGGACAAAGAAGCAGGGAGCCCAUGUGAGGGAUGCAGGUUUACUGCAGCCAACAGUGGCUUCCAGGCUGAGAGUGGGUCAGUACCCACAGAAGGAGGCCUCUGUGCCCUGGAUACCCACGCCACCUCACUUUCCUCCUAAACAACAACAACAGUGAAGAGACCAGAGCCUCGAUGUCUCUUCUCCCCUCUGAAGCCCUCCUCAGGCACCUCAGAGCAGCAGCUGAGUGGUUUGGUGACAGCAGAGCAGGACUAUUGUCUGACCUGUGAUAGACAGAGACAUGCCCACAAUGAAGCCCUCAGAUCACUGAUAAUAACAAUAAUGCAUUUUAUUUGCAGAAAUCUUUUCAUUUAACACAUAAAACAUAAACCAUUGGACAUGGCAAACAACCUUGUGCCUUAUUAGCAUCACAGUUCCUUACUAGUCUCAUUUAUGAGGUUUUAGUUUAUGUAUAAUACACUGCAUCACCAAAACUAUGUGUACACCUCUUUGUCGAACAUCUCAUUCCAAAAUCAAAUCAUGGGCAUUAAUAUGGAGUUGGUCCCCCCUUUGCUGCUAUAACAGCCUCCACUCUUCUGAGAAUUCUUUCCAGAAGGCUUUCCACUAGAUGUUGGAACGUUGCUGCGGGGACUUGCUUCCAUUCAGCCACAAGAGCAUUAGUGAGGUUGAGCACUGACGUUGGGCGAUUACGCCUGGCUUGCAGUUGGCGUUCCAAUUCAUCCCAUUGGUGUUCAAUGGGGUUGAUGUCAGGACUCUGUGCAGGCCAGUCAAGUUCUUCCACACCGAUCUCGACAAACCGUUUCUGUAUGGACCUCGCUUUGUGCUCGGGGGAUUGUCAUGCUGGAACAGGAAAGGGCCUUCUACCAAAAUGUUGCUGCAAAGUUGGGAGCACAGAAUUGUCUACAAUGACAUUGUAUGCCGUAGCAUUAAGAUUUACCUUCAUUGGAACUAAGGGGCCUAGCCUGAACCAAGAAAAACAGUUCCAGACCAUUAUUCCUUCUCCACCAAACUUUACAGUUGGCACUAUGCAUUUGGACAGGUAGCGUUCUACUGGCAGCC